AUGGCAGGCCUUCAGUUAGCAACACCCUUUACUCUUUUCAGAGGAGGGCAACCCACUCGGAAGCUCUCCACUGCUUCUCAGUUCAACCCUCGGCAAGGUCUUGGUUUGCGUCCACUCACUGUGAGGUCCUACAAAGUGGUGAUUGAGCAGGAGGGAAAGUCCAAUUCACUGGAAGUUGAAGCUGACGAGACCAUACUGUCAAAGGCAUUGGACUCUGGCUUGCCUGUGCCUUAUGACUGCAGGCUUGGAGUUUGUAUGACAUGCCCUGCUCGUCUCAUCAGUGGAUCUGUUGAUCAGAGUGAAGGAAUGCUCAGCGACGAUGUGGUGGACCGUGGUUAUGCUCUCUUAUGUGUCUCCUACCCUCAAUCCGAUUGUCAUAUUAAGGUUAUCCCCGAAGAGGAGCUACUGUCAUUGCAGUUAGCCACUGCCAAUGACUAG